AUGGUGAAGAUGUACAGCGGAACUUUGAAUGCUACAAACACCCGUCCCCGUCAACCUAAGGGUUUGUUGAGCAAAAUGCGUGUUGCUGUUAACUUGAACAUGUUUCAUCCUGAGUUACCACUUCUUCAACGAUACAAAGCAGCAGCCAGUGCUGGUUUUCGCCAAGUCGAAGUAUCUGUACCAUAUUCGGAGAAAGCUGAGGAUUUGAAGAGUACAGCUGAUGCCUUAGGGCUAUCGCAUACGCUUAUCAAUGCUCCGCCUGGCGACUGGUCGCGUGGUUUCCGAGGUCUAGCUGCACUCACUACACACAAAAAGGAAUUUCAAGAGAGCAUUACGACCGCAAUCCAUUAUGCAAAAACCCUCAAAUGUGACAAAGUUCACGUUAUGGCCGGAAUACAAACAAAUAAAGACGAAGAUGUGUCCAAACUUUUUGAGGAGAAUGUAUCUUAUGCCGCGACUAAGCUUGGCGAAGCUAAUCUGAUGUGCCUCAUCGAACCAAUCAAUCAGUAUUCAAUACCAGGUUAUUUUUUAUCGUCAUAUGAACAAGCAAAAGCAGUAAUCGAUGCAGUGAAAUUGCCAAACCUGAAGAUUCAAUACGAUGUGUUUCAUGCACAGCAGAUUUGUGGACAGCUAUCGGCAAGUAUAAAGAGAUAUAAAGACCAUAUCGGCUACAUACAAGUAGCUCAGGUUCCAACACGUGACGAACCAAAUACAUCUGGUGAAAUUGACUACAAAUACGUGUUUGGACUCUUGCAGUCAACAAAUCCAAACUGGACCAUAGGACUCGAGCAUAACUUCUGCGAUACUCAUGGAGCUCCUCGAGAUUGGGUUCAUGAUUUAGACUCCGCCGGUGGUCGUUCGCUGGCCGCCAUGUAUGUCGGUCUUCGGCGUGCACGAGUUCAGGGACUGACAGCGGUUCACCAAAGUGUAAAAAUAUUCCCUCCAGAUGGGCAGGGUUGUCUCCUCGGCAGCGACUGCGUUGGCAGUGUUCAGAACAGGCGAACACCUCUUCAUCUUGCCGCUAUACUAUGCCAUCUAAAACUCCUUUGCCCUAGACGUCCAUUAGAUCUUGCGAUCACGUUUCAGCAGACGACGUAUCUUCUUCUCAGACGUUUCUCCGGGUUGAAGUCACCGGUAGUGCGGGCAACACAUGCAGAAUUGUACGCAUAUAUUGUCUCCGCAGAUGCGAAGGCGAACUUCUUCCUUGAGGCUAAAACCAGGAGUGUUUUCUUCACAGCUUCCUGA